AUGAAGUUUGCUGCGGAAUUUGCUGCAGAAGUUGCUGCGAACAGAAAAUCCUCACGGAUUACUGGCGGAUAUAAUUCCGCAGGAGAAUCCGCAGCUGCACAAUCAUUAGGAGUUUGUUAUGGGAUAGUGGCAAACAACUUGCCUCCUGUUGUGGAAGUAAUAGAUCUUUUCAAAACAAAUGGCAUUGCAAGAAUGAGAAUAUAUAAUCCAAAUCAAGCAACCUUGGAAGCCCUUAGAGGGUCCAACAUAGAACUUGCCAUUGGGGUCUCUAAUGAAGACAUCCAAUCAAUUGCCAAUGAUAUUUCAUCAGCAACUAGUUGGGUCCAAAUCAAUAUAAUAAACUAUGCUAAUGAUGUCAUAUUUAGGUACAUUAUUGUUGGAAAUGAAAUAAGUCAUAAUGACCCAACAUCACAAUUUGUUCUUCGUGCAAUGCAAAACAUUUAUGGAGCACUUGGCAACUUACAAAAUCAAAUUAAGAUUUCAACUACUAUACAAUUAAGCCUGUUGGGAAGUUCCUACCCUCCAUCACAAGGAGAAUUUAGUCCUGAUGCAAUUCCAUAUAUAACUCCAAUUGUGAACUUCUUAGCGAGCAAUGGAGCACCACUUCUUGCUAAUGUGUAUCCAUACUUUGCUUAUAUUAGUGAUCAAAAGGACAUUUCUCUUGAAUAUGCUACUUUUACUCAACAAGGAUACACUGAUAUUGGGUACCAAAACCUAUUUGAUGCAAUGUUAGAUGCAUUAUAUGCUGCUAUUUUGAAAACUGGGGCAUCCGAUUUGCAAAUAGUUGUGUCUGAGAGUGGAUGGCCAUCUGCAGGUGGAGAAGGGGCCACAACUGAAAAUGCUGCUGCAUAUUAUACGAAUUUGAUUAAUCAUGUCAAUAGUGGGAAUGGAACUCCUAUGAGGCCUGGUCAACCUAUUGAGACUUAUUUGUUUGCUAUGUUUGAUGAAAAUCUGAAGCCUGGUGCAGCAAGUGAGCAAUAUUUUGGUCUCUUCACCCCUGACAAAUCACAAAAAUAUAAUAUAGCUUCAAUUAAUUAA